AUGGCUGAUCUCAAAAAGAGAGAAUUCAAUGCCUUGGAAUUAACAGGAAACAAUUUUGUACAAUGGGCUUCAGAUGUCAAAUUAUAUCUAAAAGGAAAAAGUUUAUUAUACACAAUAAUUGAACUUAAUCCUGCCGACAAAGGAAAAGAUAUUGAAAGAGAUCCCAUAAAAAUUAAGGAAGAUAAGGCAAAAGUUGCAUCAAUUUUGAAACAUCAUUUUACCGAUAGUAUCAAAUACGAAUACACCAAUUAUGAGGACCCAAAAUUACUUUGGGAAGAGCUAAAUGAAAGAUUUGGCCAUAAUAAAAGUGUACUUCUCCCAAAGGCCAUCGAUGAAUGGCGAGAAUUAAGAUUUCAAGAUUUCAAUUCAAUUAGUGAUUAUAAUUCAGCCCUUCAUCUGACAAAAUCAACAUUAAUCUAUUGUGGACAACUAAUAAUAGAUGAAGAAAUGAUAGAAAAAACAUUAUCAACUUUUCACGUAAAUAGCAUUUUGAGACCUGUAGGGUCUAUGCCCUUUAAUGAGAUAAAUAUGAUUGAAAGGAAUAUAAGCCAUCGACGUCGUGGGAACUAUUUCAUAAGAGGCAGAGGUCGUGGAAAAUAUCACGAAAAGAGUGGCAUGAAUACUUUUGAAUAA